UUGUCAAAACUUCUCUUAUGCAACAACACACACACAAAAAAAUGUAAAUUAAUAGCAUAAAGUUCAUUUAUACCAUGUUGGUACAUCACGACCACACACGAACUAUAAAACUUUUCAAAGAUGACAUUAGAAUCUACCACAAGUAUCACUGAAGGACCAGCUACUAAUUUUCAAUCUAAGGCCGCCGAUACUGAAGCAGAUAACUUGGAAAGAAAGUACGAUUCAAAUGAUGAUGAAAUGUUUAACAAAACACUGCGUACCCAUUCAGAUGCUGCUAGUCAAGUUGAUAUGUCCACAUUUUCAAGAAAUGGAGAGGUCUAUCAGUUCACUACAAGCCAUAACUCUUCCAUGACGAACAUGUCACAAAUUGAUAUAAUGGAUUACAAUAGUUACAACAUCACAACUGUUAACCUCAGGAGUUGUAAACAGAAAAUCUUAAAACCAUACCUACGCCUGCUAAAACUGGUUGGCUGGAGACCAUUUGCAGAUGACAGAUAUUACAGAUAUUGGUGGGUAGAGUUUAUCAACCUGGUUUAUCCCAUAUUAGUGCUGCUUUUGCUCCUAUUCAUCUAUGCAUGGCAAGUUGGAAACUGCUGGUGGAAUUUAAAUGCCCGAAUUUACAUAAAGAGCCAUGAACACAAACAUAUGCUUACAAUUAGUAGCAAUAAAUCUGCCUUGAGAAUAUCUGAAGAUACAAAUUUGACAGCCAUCAAUAAAAAGGGGAAUGUUGAAUGCCAGCAGAAUAUGCCCACUUAUUUAAUAACAGAUAUAUUGCACUUGAUUAUGUUCUGUAUGGGAAUGGUCUUUUUCCGUUAUCAUGGUGAUGAACAAGUAUGUGGUCUCUUAGAGAAGGUGUUUCUUGAGAUAGAAUCUCUACGAAAUCGGAAUGUUUCAAACAAUGUCAUGGUAAGAAAUUUCAGGAUAUUCAUGGGAGCUGGAAUCACAUGGGUGUUAAUGAUAGUUGGCCUGCAAAUACUCUAUUUUUGGAUUUACCGUUCACAUAUAUUCAUAACCACUGAAAGUUUAAGUUCAGCUACUAUUUGGAGCCUUGUAGUCUUGGAAGUUAUUGGCGUUUUUAUGAUCAACACAGUGAGCUUAGCAGCUGUCUGCAACUAUGUGAUACAGUGUGAAGCUAUCAUACUCUUUGUGAGGGGAAUAUCUCUUCGAUUUCUUGAUUCUGGACAGGAUCUGGCAAAAGGCAUGAAGCAAUUGGUAGAAAUUAAAUGUCAUUUGAAGAUGUUGAACAGCAGUACUGGCAAGAUGACUUCUUUGGUAACCUUUAUAUUUGCAGCUUUUACAGUGAUUGGUUUGAAUACAUUAUGUAUGAAUACUGCAGACCAAGCAGAUAUUUGGGUCUACCGGAGUCUUUUUCCUCUUGUCUGGGGAGUCAUGCUCUUUGCUCCAUUAAUACAGGCGGCCCGUGUAAACUCUGCAUGCAAGCGUUUCCAUAACGAUGCUUUAUCAUUCGCAGCCAAUGGAUAUAAAGCUCUACCUCAAGCUGAACUUGAUUCCUAUGUUUUAUUCACAAGCAAUGCAAAACUCAGGGCCAAACUGUUCCAGAUUCCAAUAAUGGCUCAUUACUUAGUAGGAGUUUUGGUUUUCGCUUGUUUCCUCUUCCCAAUCCUUUUCCAGACAGGUGUCUUGAAAAUUAAACCUGCAAAGAAAUCAUGGUAUUCUUGAAAUGGUGUUUAAAUGUUCCUGUACAUAAGAGCUAUUGAUUUUUAUGGCAAAAUUGAGUUAUACUAAUGACUAUAACAUUGUUUAAAAAUAUAAUAAUAUGCCUAUAUAAUUAUGUAUUUAUCUACAUGCGUGUAUGGGUAUAUGUAUGGUUGUAUGAGAGUUUGUGAGUAAGUAUGCAUUGAAUUUUGCCAUGUAUUUGUGUAUGAAUAUAUGUAUGUGUUUAUGGGUGCUUUAUAUGUUUGUGUAUUUAUGUAUGCCUGUAUGACUAUAUAUGCAUAUAU